GUUGUAGACACAUUUUUAAAAUGCAGAAGUGGUUUCUGUCUGAAUAUGUAGAACCGCUUGAAGGGCUUCACAGGCUUUUGGAAGUUGACAGGGUCACUGUGAAGCAAAUAAAAAAGAACCAAAGUUCAAAGCUACAUGAUGCAGUAGUUUAUGAAGCCCUGCUAGAUACUUCUGAACUUCUUUUAAAAUUUGUUGAAAAGUCUAGCUUUGCACAAAGAUUUUGGUGUGGAUCUCACAGAGCGUUCGAUAUGGAAGUGCGAAAUGUAAACGGAAAACUUGUUAUGCAUCUCCAACGGCCAUUGAAGUGUUCAGCAGUUGUAUGUUUUUGUUGUACUUAUGAAAUGAAAGUUGAAGCUCCAGUAGGUGAACCAAUGGGUAGUAUUGUUCAAAAUUAUGGACGAUUCGGUCAUACAUUUUACCUGAAAGAUUGGAAUGGUAAUAUAAAUUUAGAUAUAAAAGGUCCUUGGUUUUCUUAUACCUGUUGUUUUGAUCUUAUUUUUAAGAUUUAUGCACAUGGACAUAAUAGAUCAAUUGGACGGAUAAUAUGUCGUCGAGAUCAAGAAAAUGAUAGUUUUCGUGUUGACUUCCCUUUAGACUUGGAUUAUCGUAUGAAACUUUUGCUUAUUUGUGCUGCAAUAUUUUUGUCAUCAUCAUCAUCAUCCAAUCAUCAUCAUCAUCAUCAUCAUCAUCAUCAUCAUUCAAAUCAUCAUCAUCAUCAUCAUCAUCAUCAUCUUCCAAGUGAUCAUCAUCAUCAUCAUCCAAAUCAUCAUCAUCAUCAUCAUCAUCAUCAUCAUCAUGAUCAUCAUCGUCAUCAUCAUCAUCAUAAUCAUCAUUAUCAUGAUCAUCAUCAAUCAUCAUAA